AUGACGUUGACUGGUCUGAAGGAACUUGUAGCCGACAAAAGCCGCUGCAUUGUGUUGGAUGGAGGAUUUGCCACUGAAUUGGAGAAAGAUUCACGUGUAGAUCUAAGUACCUCUAGCUUGUGGUCAGCGUUUUUGCUGUUGGACAGGAAUGCACAUCUGCAACAAGUGAUUGUGAACGCCCACAAGACCUACUUUCUAGCAGGAGCGGACGUUGCAACUACCACCAGUUACCAGGCUUCAGCUGACGGGUUCAAGCGUGAGGGCGUGACAUUGAUUGACGACGUUGAGAAGCUCUUUGCUAGAAGUAUCGACCUUGGCGUGCAGGCACGAGACGCUGCAUGGAACGAAAUGGACCAGAGUCAACGGAUGAAGCCCCUAGUGGGUGCCAGUAUCGGCUGCUACGGCGCUGCGUUGGCUGACGGAUCGGAAUACCGUGGUGACUACGGCAAGAGCAAGGAGCAACUCGUGGCAUGGCACAAGCAUCGCUUUGCCUUUUUCACUAACUACGCACCCGUCGACUUACUCAUUUGCGAGACGAUUCCGUGCCUCGUAGAGGUGGAGGCGUUUGUGGACCUGUUGAACGAGUUCCCGACUGCUCACGCCAUUGUUGCGAUGGCUUGUUGCAAUGGAACGGAACUUAACAGUGGUGAGCCGAUUGCUCAUGUCUCCAAGAUUUUGUCCAAACUCAAAAAUCGGUCACAGCUAGUUGCUGUUGGUAUCAACUGCACACCGCCGCAGCACGUAGAAAGUCUGCUGCGCAAAUUAAACUGUCCCUGGCCUAAGGUAGUUUACCCGAACAGCGGAGAGGGAUGGGAUGGAGUGAACAAGAAAUGGCUUCCAGCUGAUAGCGGCGAUGACCCGAGCUCCUGGGAAAAGUUGUUGCCCAAAUGGUACGAUGCCGGCGCGCGCUUCUUUGGCGGCUGCUGCCGAACUUCACCUAAUGACAUUCGCGCUAUCCGUGACUACUUUGAACGUCGUCAGCUGCUGUAG